AUUGGUUUGAGUUUUAAUAAAAGAAAUGAGCAAUUGUCCAGGUCUAUACCAUGAUAUUGGCAAGAAGGCCAGAGAUCUUCUCUACAGAGAUUAUGCUCAUCAACCAAGAACUCAUUUUCAUUACCAGGAUAUCAAGUGGAAUUUUGAACUCUCAUGUGAAACACCGGAGAUUUUGCCCGGAGUUACAACACUCUUCAGAUUCACAGUUCCUGAUUCUUGCCAGGUGGAACUCAGAUUCUUGCGUGACUAUUUCGGGAUAGCUGCAGGCGUUGGAGUGCGGGCAUAUGAGCAGGGACCCUUCAGAGGAGAUGGAUAUAACCCGGUAGUAAAUCUAUCAGGUGUAGCAGGAAACAGCCUUUUCUCCCUUGGCACUGACAUUUCCUUCAACGUAGCAACAAGGACUUUUGAUGAAUUCAGUGCUGGUUUGAGCUUCAACAGUCCCUUCCUUAUUUCUGCCUUGAACUUGGAUGACAAACUUGAUGCUGUAAAAGCUUCCUGUUACUAUACAUUCAAUCCCCUCAGCAGGUCUGCCAUUGCAGCUGAAUUGAAGCACAAAUUUUCAGAAAAUGGAGCAACCACUGUUACAGUUGGCGCACAACAUUCUUUCUUCCCAUUUACACUGAUGAAGGCUCGGGUGAACAAUGAGGGCAAAAUAGGUGGGCUUGUUCGGCUGGAAGUGUGGGAAAAGCUCCUGGUGGCAAUCACUGGGGAGGUGGAUUUCAGGGCCUCGAACAAAAUUUCCAAGAUUGGAAUGUCAAUGGCUUUCAGUCUCUAGAGCAGCUUCAUCUGAGAAUACGUACCGUAAGUUUGAGAUCAUACGGCAGCCACUGCUCCUACAAGAUUUAUAUAUAGGCUUUGUUUUCUGUAUUCGUUUACUAAAUUGAUAAAUAUUUUGGAAG